UAUAUAAAACGUAAAGCAAAACGGUGCUCUAGGGAAAUCUAAAAGUUUUUUAUAUAGAAAAUCGAAUCAUUUUUUUUACAUUACUAAAUUAUUCGUUGUUUUUUUUGGGGUGAACAAAAUGCAGGCACCAAAGGCAGUGAACCCCACUCCGGUUCUCACAAUGAAAAUCGAUGAUCUGAAGAAAUAUGUUCCUGAAUCCGAAAUUGAAUUGUUGGAGCGCAAGAAGGACGAAGAGACUGCCUUGAAGGUCGAAAGGGAAUUAUUUCAGACGAGAUUGAAUCACUUGCUGCACCGCUUGAAUGAUCUGGAUGAUAAGUUGGAGCUGGAGGACAUUUGCGAGGACGAUUACCGAGCAACGGAUCACCUCAGGGAUAUUUUAUCGUUGAGACAUCAACUAUUGGUGGAGAGACUCGUGCGGAUUGGAACCCAACUGGCCAGGAUCAAAAAGGAACUGAAGUGUAGGGAAACGGCUAUAUACGCGGAUCUUAAAGCCAGGCGAUUGGUAUAGAAAGUAUCUCAAAAUCUCUUUUGUUGUAAAAAGUUAAUACAUUUAUCCAUGGACCAAAUGGAAGUUUUUUCACGUUUUGUAUGAGUGGCAAAUUCCUCGCAGCUUUGAAAGUAAUUCAAGAAUCCAUUUUGUGUACCCUGGGAUGUUUUUUAGUUUUAAAUUUAUGGAUAUAAUUAUUUUGGAAACCAGAUAUGUAAAGGGGUCAUGUAAAUAAAUACAGAAUUAAAUGCAAUAUAGAAAUGUAA